CGCUCGACUACCGACCACCGAAUGUUCAAAAUGAAACUGUUAUUUGUGCAGCAGAGUUGGUCGCUUGUUCUUAAUUCCAUAAGUAAGUUCUUAUAUGGCGAGCAAGGCCUUAAUGUACAAGGAUUUAAUGUCUUACGAAAUAAAGUAGGGACCUAUUUAAAUGGGAGUACCAUAUGCCUAUUUUGGAAUAGUAACUUUGAGUUCCAGCCACAAGUCUUUGUAGCAGAUUAUGCCAGCUUCGUGGGUAUUCAUAUUAAUAAUCUGAAGGAAAGUUUCGAUGAAGAUGUUGUUGAUGUACGUCCAAGGAAAAAACAGCUGCAGGAGAAUAACCUGCCAUACGACGAUCUCCUGCUCAAGCUUAUGAUAUCAAUUGAGGUGACACACUGUGAGACGUUCAUGGUCUUUGGAAAGGACAUAGCCCGUUUUGUGGGAGCUUUUACAAAUGCAUCCAUGUAUUCCAUAUGGCGCUCUUUGCACAACAGGUUCGUUUUCUCGCACAUGGCUGAUGAGUUAAACGAGGAUUGCUAUAAAAAUAUCUUCUUUGAGGAUCAGCCAAACAUUCUGUUUAUUGUUCAGACCGAUGCAUCUGGGACAGUCCUUGAAAUGAAGACCAACAAAUAUGUGGGUACUAAGGCGGAGAAGCCGGCACAAUUACAACUAUUAGAUCGAUACUAUGUUGUUGAGGAACGAUUUCAGCUAAAUAAUUCAUUAUUCCCGAAUAAGCUAAAAGACUUGCAAGGACGUGAGGUAGUCAUCGCCGGCUUUGACUAUAGACCCUAUACGGUUAUAAAAUGUAACACAGAGAAUAGUAACACACGUGAUAUAGGUGUGGCACAGGAUUCGGAGUUGAGUAAAGUCUUCAUCGAUGGCACGGAAGCACGUGUAGUUCUGAACUUUUGUGAAAAGUUCAAUUGUACAGUUCAAAUUGACACAUCUGACGCCGACGAUUGGGGCACCGUUUACCAAAACAUGUCUGGGGAUGGCGCAAUGGGCAUGAUUAUUAAUCACAAAGCAGAUAUUUGCAUUGGCGCAAUGUAUUCGUGGUAUGAGGGCUACACAUAUUUAGAUCUAUCAAUGUAUCUCGUGAGGUCUGGAAUAACUUGUCUGGUACCAGCACCCCUGAGACUGGCGAGCUGGAACCUUCCCCUUCAGCCGUUCCAAGCAAACCUCUGGGCUGCGGUCCUGGUGUACCUCUGUUUGGAGACAUUGGGGUUAGUGUUGGCCUACAGAAGCGAGCAAGUGCUGUAUGUCUCGGCAAGUGCCCGUGAGGGCUGGUGGUGCUGUGCAAUGCUGGGCCUGGCGACGUCAUUUAAGCUUUUCAUAUCGCAGUCAGGAAACAGUACAACGACUUCGUUAACUGUCCGUGUGUUGCUCUUUGCCUGUUUUCUCAACGACAUAAUCAUAACCAGCAUUUAUGGUGGCGGUUUGGCUAGUAUAUUGACUAUACCAAGCAUGUCUGAGGCGGCGGACACUGUGCCACGGUUGCGAAAUCACCGUUUGCAGUGGGCAGCUAACUCGGAGGCAUGGGUUUCAGCUAUUCGUGGUUCUGAUGAACCUUUGGUGCAAGACCUCUUGAGCAAUUUCCACAUCUACAGCGACGAGCAGCUGCUCCGAUUCGCACAAGAAACUCAAGUGCGACUGGGCUUCACUGUUGAACGUCUGCCCUUCGGCCACUUUGCCAUUGGGGACUAUUUAGUACCAGAAGCCAUCGACCAGAUGGUCAUCAUGCAGGAGGACCUCUACUACCAAUACACGGUGGCCUUCGUUCCCAGACUGUGGCCAUUACUUGAACAGUUCAAUACGCUAAUUUAUAGUUGGCACUCUUCCGGAUUCGACAAAUACUGGGAGUACCGUGUGGUCGCCGACAAUCUCAACGUUCAGAAGCAACAGCAGGUGGAGAGCACCAUGUUGAGGAGCCAAGAGGAUAUUGGCCCUGUCCGACUGGGGAUGUCGAACUUUGCCGGAAUUAUUCUCGUCUGGGUAUUGGGUUCUAUAGUAGCCACUUUGGUCUUUGUGGCCGAACUGUUUGCCACCAAUUUGAAAACCCCAAUAGAUAAUUGA